ACUAUCGGUUUACACACUUUGUGUGAAUAAAUGCAAUAUUAUUGCAUUUUUAACGAUUAAAUCAUUUACUAUGCGGUAGUUCUCGUAGCUAUUGAAAUUGUUAAAUGUUUAAGCAUACAGAUGCAACCAAAAUGCCAUUGAUCCUCACUUAGCAGGCACAUUAUCUGGAAUUGUAUUCCUAGGAAAACAAAGAUGGCGGGUAGAAUUCCAAAUGCGGGUGGAUUUGAUCCAGCGGAGAAAGUUAACUCCAAUACCCUAAAAAGGCACCCAAAGAUGGACCUGUCCCGUAAUGACCUCCUGCAGCUCCUCAGCUACCUCGAGGGCGAACUGCAAGCCCGUGAUGUCGUCAUAGCAACCCUCAAGGCAGAGAAGGCCAAGCAGCUGCUGUACCAGGCCAAGUAUGGGCGGUUUGGGCUGGGUGACCCAUUCUCUGCGAUGCAGCGCGACUCGGACAACAUGGCUGACAACACUUUCGACGAGUCGGCUAUUAAGUCAAUGUAUGACAACCAGCUAGCCCAGCUGGAGAACCUUAUCGCAACCCAGCGGAAGGCUCAGAUGAAGAUGCGGGAACAAAUGUUGUCUGCGGAGAAAAAAUACCAUAAGGUGUCUGCUGAGCUGGAGGAUGAACGUCGUAAGCAUGCCCAGGAUACAGCCCAGGGGGAUGAUGUAACUUAUAUGCUAGAGAAGGAACGAGAACGACUCAAUAAAGAGGUUGAUUUUGAGAAGGGGAAUACGAAGAAGAUGGAGAAGGACCUAAAGAAGACCCUGGCAAGUUUGGAGGAGGAGAGAGCCAGCUCUGGCAAACAUAAGCAGGUGGCCCUCAUGCUCAUCAAGGAGCGUAGAAAGCUGGUUGAGCGUUAUGUGGCAGAGAAGGAGCGAGCAGAUGAGGCUUACAGAGUAUUGGCAGAGGAGAGGAGCAAAUCCAUGAACAUGGCGGAGGGGCUUGUACAGGAAAGUAAAAAGUCGCUCAAAAUGGAGGCCACGAUGGAGCGGCAGGCCAGUGAGUUUGAUGUGGAACGCGAACAGUGGAGGAAUCGGCUCCAGCGAGAGGAGAACCGCAACAAGGACCUCUUAGGCCAGGUUGAGCAGUUGUCCUGGCAACUGGAGAAUGAGCAUAAAACUAAACCUGCUGGGUCUAAGGAUGCUGUACAUACUGUUGAAAUUAAGCAAAAUGUGUCAACACCUCAGACUAGAUUGUCUAGUGAAAGAACAACAGGGUCUUGGAGUCCAAAUACUCAAGCUAAUGUGUUAUCUAAACCUGGAGGCAAUAUUGUGGAAAGGGAGGCAGGUCUGUCUCCCAGGAGCGGAGGAGAAUUUAGUGUUCGAAAACGUGAUAAUAUGAGAUAUGCAAGUCCUCAAACAGUGAGUAUUGAUCGAGGACAUGCACAAUUCAGUGACUCAGAGGGUCGUGUUGGCCCCGUAGGGGCAGUCUCGGACAACAAACUAGUCAUGGAUGCCCAGUCAGGUCACAAACUCAGUGUCUCCGUGUCUGGGCCCACGGUAGUCAGCAGUGGGGGAAGAAUCUUGGUGCACACCAGCAGCCCAGGAAUGUCCUCAGGUCCAGUCAGCCCACGUAGGAUGGUAAAUGUCAGUCGGGGAACUCCUCCUCCCAUCCCGCCAAACAAACCAUCGUUCCCUGUGACCACCGCGAGCGUGUCAAAACCAAUCCCCUCUACGCAGAAACAGUCAAAUAUAUCGACCACCCUGAACAAAGACGGGCGUAUGGUGGGCUCGAAUGUGCAUAUACCUAUCAGCGUGGUUCACACUUCGUCUGUAUCAACCUCAUCCAAGGCCCGCGCACCCAGCCAUGAGGGCUCGCCAGCCUCAUUACGGAAACCAGCUCAGUUUGGUGGCGAUCCCCCCUCCCCCACCCCCAACAGUGACCUACUUAACCCACCCACCUCUGCCUCCUUUGACUUUCUGGGUCAGGAGAUGGCUGACCUUCAACAGCUGCUUGUCUCCAUGGUGACAGUAUCUACAUAUUCGUCUGGAGUAGAGUCCGCGAGUGAAGUAGAUAGUGUGUGUUCAUCAUCAAAAUCAACAUUCUCAUCUUCAUCUCUGCCUGACAGCAUGACAUCAUCAAAUUCUGCGACAUCACCUCCUGUGGAGAACAUGACACCAUCAACGUUAGUGACAUCACAUCCUGUGGAGAACAUGACAUCAUCAAAAUACAUGACAUCACUUUCUGAAGGCAUGCCAUCAACUUCUGAUUCAACCACAUCAGUUAAUGACAGCAUUAAAUCUCAUUUAGAUGAAAGCAUGAAAUCGAAGAACAAAGGAUCAGCAGGCACAACUUCUUUGUUAUCUGCAGACUCAACUUUGUUUUCUGAAAGUCAUUUGAAUUCUUUAGUGUCGUCACCUUAUGUGCUUUCAAAACAUUUUCAAACAAGUGAUUCAGAACAAAAGGCCAAAGCAUUAAGUGAUAGUUUAGAUAAAGACCCCAAACCCAAGACUACAUUUUCUACUGUCAUAUCAGUGGUGUCAACUUCUAGUUCAUCAUUAUCAUUUAACUCACCUCAGACUGUUAAACAACCAACAGCAUCUUCUGUAUCCAAACUGUCUCCCACUGAUUCAAACCAGUCAUCUGUGAUAAAUCAAAGCAGUUCUUCUACUGAGUCUGUCCACUCGGCUGGUAUGGCAGCCAAUACCCCAAGAGUUUCAACUAGUUCUGUCAGUCUGUCCACACCACUAAGCCCUGUUUGGUCCCAGAAUGAACAGUUGAAGGGAAGAAAGACAGGAGACAAGGCCCCUAUAUCAACUGUUGUCAGGGUGACAAGAAUGGACCAGCAGAAUCAAGAUAUUCCUGCUUCACCUAUACACAGGUAUGCCUCCCUGGGUGUGGUAGAUGCCCUGAGGAAGCUGAUAGUUGACCUGGAAGCCGAUGUCAACUUGCCCAUGAAGGACGGAACAACCCCCGCACACUGUGCUGCCAAGAAUGGACAAGAGGAGUGUUUACAGCUGUUGUUGGAACGUGGAUGCCAUGUGAACAGUCUCCGUGAUGACCAACAGACACCGGUACACUGUGCCGCCUCCAACGGACACAUAGGGUGCCUUAAAAUGUUGCUGGCAUGGGAAGGUAACCCCUGUCAGUAUGAUGGGGCAGGGUGGUCUCCCCUGCACUGGGCCGCCUACAAGGGCCACACCAAGGCCUGCAGGACCCUAUUAGAGUAUGGGGCUCAGAGGCGCACUUACACAAAUAAUAACUGGACCCCAUUGCACCUUGCUGUCCAGGGGGAGUGGCCCGAGUGUCUAGAUCUCCUACUGACAUGGGAGACUGACCAACCUACUGACCAGUCAGAAUUGGCCAGCCAUGUCCAGCAGAUGGCCAGUCAGGUUGUGGACAGGGAUGGACAGACAAUUGCACACAUGGCAGCAGCUAAACAAUCACAGAAGGUUUUAUCUGUGCUGCUGUCUCACUGUGGGACUGACCUGGUUGUACGGGACCGCUGGGGCCGAACUGUGGCCGAUGUUGCCUCUCCUGCCUGCCACCAACUGCUGCAGUAUUAUGCAGAGUCUGGUGUGGUCAGCAUCACAGUUGAGUUGCAGUGUUCUGGACCAUUAUACAGCCAGCAGGGCUCAUACCUGAUUGGUCAGAUCAAGGUCCAUCCCUCUGUUCACUGGUCUCAGCUGGAUAGGACCGCCUCCAGGUGUCUACAGGAGUACCUUGACCAGCUGGACCGGGGCCUACGUACCAAGAAGACUGUCAGACUGGACCCUGACUCCCCUGGGGAGAAUGAAUCACACUUUACACUCGGGCUCAACACAGACAGUAUCCAUGGAUACAUGAUUGGCUCUGUGUUUUGGAGACCGGCAGACGCUUGGCCCAGUGUCAGACUACAGGAUGUUCUAUGUAACCAGCAGAAGGCAACCCUCACUAUCAUACUGAAAGGAUCAACCAUUGACCUUGACUCCCUUUCCUUUGAUCUUCUUCUUCCCAAGCCACUUAUAGAAAGUUACAUAAGGCUGCUGGAGCAGUACCGAAGUGUCGUAUUUUACGGACCUGAUGGCUGCCGCAAGAAACAGCUUGUCAAACGACUGUCCAGACAUCUCACUGAGUAUGAGCGAGAGCGACAUGGUGAGUCCCGUCUCUCACAGGUCUACCUACACAGAGACUACUCACACAGGGAUUUCGUGCACCUCCUCAAAACUGAAGGCUGUAUGUUACCAGUGGGUGAGGAGACUGGCCGAUGUUGUGUGCUGGUGUUGUUUCACCUGGAGAAAGUCCACCUUGCCGCAGUAUUAGCCAGCCUGGCAGAAUAUAUAGACAUGCGUGGGAACCAGCAUGCCUUCACUUUGCCAGGUGCAGACGGUGUACAAGAACUGUAUUAUUUCCCUGAAAACUUCUACCUGAUAGCCACCAUGGAUAAACCCAGGUCAACAGGGCUGGACCUGGGGCUGCAGCAGCGCUUUCGCUGGGUUCACUUCCGGGUGCGGGCCGAGCCUUUGCGGAACAUGCUCGCCCGACACCUACUACGUAGACUCCUACAUACAUACGGCGGGGAGGUGCCCGGGACGGAGGAUGAGGUGUUCAAGGUAUUGGAAUGGCUACUGUGUGUGUGGCAGAGACUGAACUAUGGGGUGGGCAAACUGGGGCUCCAGGACCUCACAUUUGGGCCUGACCUUUUCCUGCCUUGCCCCUUGGAGACUGGAGACUCUAAGAAAAUUCUAAGUUGGCUAAAGACUGUGUGGAAUGAAGUGAUAGCCCCGGGUGUUCGGGAGGCCAUAUCCCAGGGUUCGGGCCGGGAAUCCCACGGGGAGGGACAACAGAAGGUGGCCAACACAGCCCUGUAUGUCCUCAUGCAACGGGCAGUUGUCCCAGGGUGUCCCCUGGAUGGACCAGAGAAGAACAGUUACCUGUCCCAGCUCUCAGGUAGUAAUGAGCUGGAGGUUCAACUCAGGGGAGAUAAACCUGCCCACACUGUUACCUCCCUAGGCAACCGACACCCGCUAAACAAUGGUAGCCAUAGCAACACAGAGAACAGCAAAGUGCCCACACAGAACAGGCACUCUAUUGGUUCAUACACUUCACUGACUCAUCCUAACAACUACAGUAGCACUGGCAACACCGGCAGCAGUUUCAAGAGGCGUUCCCACUCGGACCAGGAGGUUUACCACAUAGGAGAAACAGAGAUUCCCAUCAUCCAUGAGGGCAGGGGCCACAGCUUAGGGGACAUCCAGGCAAAGGUGCCCAAGUUGGAGAUCCGCUCUCCCGUCUUGGGGCUGCCUGUCUCAAUGCCCAGUAGCCAGUCUUCCCAAGACUCUCCUCGGGACUGGCAAGGGCCUAACAGACAGAUGGCCUCCAGCUACAGUGGCGUCCCUGGUCACCCAGGCAGCUCAGGUCACAUCUCCACGGCUCGAAGAUCAACUUUCUCCACCCACACCCGUAUACCCCAACCUUCUGGCUCCCGGCGGGCUCAGUCAUCAGAGAACCUUAACAUCCCUCUCCAACAACCCACUGCCCACCCUGUCUCCACCCCUCCCAGCACUGGCCCCAACCCUGGGCAGUCUCCCCCUUCUAGUCCCUUCUCAUUCUCUCUCACCACACCAAACUCCUCUUUGUUCUCCUUCAAGAUGUUUGAUAAAGGCAAUGAGAGGAAGCAAGCCAAGAGUCGCAGUCUCUCCUCCAGUCCAACCUCUUUGUUAUACCCUUCAGGCUUUAGUAGACGCUAAUGUGCAAUGUACCUUACUGUGUUUACACUUGUUUGUUAUACAGUGAACUGCCAUCGUCUAAGAUCAAAUGUAGCUAUUGUUAUCAGUCAUAAGCCCAUUGAUGUUCCAUAUUUUAUGUAAUUUGUAAAUUUAUAUCUUUAUUUUAUAUCAUAUUUAUUGUUCUACAAAUUCAUGUACUUUCCGAUUAUUUUGUAUAGGAACAUUUUUAUGGAAUGUUAAUUUCAUAGUUCAAACUUGUACUGGUUUAUGUCUUGAUAAUGAUCUAUUAAUAUGUCAAUUAGGUAGUGUGAUUUUAUGAUUGGUAUGAUUUGUUGAUUGUAUGUCAUCAUGUGGAAGAGCUGGUUUGUAGAUAUUGCAUAAACCAAGGGCUUUCAGCGGUAACUGUAUAUUGUAUGGAGCAACAUUUUAUUAUCUCCCUUCACUGUGAUCUGAUUUUGUAUUGCGUGUGUUUUUGUUCAUUUUAUGCCAUGGCAACAACUUGCAAAUUAUUGCCCUAAAAAUUUUUAUACAUAUUUUUUUAUUGCAAUUGGCUUUAAGGAUUUUAUACUUGUAAACAAUUUUUAUAUAGAGAAGGAUUUCUUGUUUUAAUGAGGUUUUAUCAUUCAAUUUCCGCUUUGAAUUUUUGAGUCAUUUUGUUUUAUACACUUAUAUGCUUGAAUUUCUAGAAUUUGAAAUACAGGAAGUACUUAUUUACAUUGUCAGUUCCUACAUCUUUGCCAGACUUAGAGCUGUCUUGCCACUUUCAUUACUGUUGCAAUGUAUUUAUGUGAUUAAAUUUAUGUCCCAUAAUUAUACAUGUAUCAUCAACAUAGCUUUCAUAUUAAACUGGCAUGCCUGUAGUUGUUAUGAAAGAGUUAUGCAUAUACAUGUAUGAGACUACUCAGUUAAACUGUGAUCAUAUUAUGGAAUCAUUUAAGAGGGCGUAUAAUAGUAAAUGGUAUUUGAAUGCCUAAUAUUGUUUACAAGUUAAGGUCUCCAACGUACAAUGAUGUGGGUUUAGAUGCCAGGUGCCCCCACCCACAUAUUAUUGUGGUAUUAUUGUGGUAGAUCUGGAAAGGAGUUGAUGUGUAGAGAAAGAACAUGUGAAAACAAUCUGGUUGGGCCUUAAAGCUGCACUCUCACAGAUUAACUGUUUUUACAACUUUUUUAUUUUUUUGUCUUGGAAAAUUUUUGCGUAAAUAUCUGCAAACAAAUGAUAAAUGAUUGCUGACAACAGAUUGCUGACAAAAGUUCAGAUCGCAGAUUUGCAUAUUUCUGUUCGAAAGUGAAUGUUUAAUUUUUGAACUUAAUUAUAAUAAAAUGUGAUCUAAUUUUUUGUCAGCAGUCUUGUAUCACUGGUUUCCAUGGAUUUUUGCAAGAAUUGGCUCGUUUCAAGACAAACAAUGAAAUAGUUGUCAUAACGUUCAAUCUGUGAGAGUGCAGCUUUAAAAUAUCGCAGAAUAGGUUAAUUUACAUCCAACUUCAGUUGAAAUAAACCGGAAAAAAACAACUACAAAAAUGUUAACUAUAGUGUACUUUCGGUCAUUUAUUUUUCAUAGUAAUCAUCAGCUAGAAAUACUGUUUCAAAUGAUCAGAAAUAUAUAAGGCCACCAGGCAUAAGAAUUGAACAUGACCAUCAACAGUUAAUUGACAGCUUAUUUAAGAUCACUGAUGGUUCAUUUACAGUAUGACCUCAUUUGACUAAAGAUUGGCGCAGUUUCCAAUUCAAUAUCAAUUUGGUAAUUUGUAUGCCUUCAAAACAUGUAAUUUAAAGAGAAUGGUCUGUUUCAGUAUAAGAUUGUAAUAUUUUUAACCUUGUAGAUAUUUCACUCAUGGCCAUUUCACUCAUGAUCUGCCCUCGGUGAAAUAUAUAGCCAUCUUCAACUGAAACAAACAAUUAUCCUUUACACAAUUUUGGGAAUAAAUUUGUCACAGAGUGGUUUUGGUGAAUGUGAUAUAAUUUUGUGAGUUGGAAAACUUCCUACUUUAAGUAUUUUGUUGAUUAUAAGGACAUGCUUUAAGGUGUGUGAUCCAUAGAUGUGUGAGAUUCAUAUGCCAUGUGACCACAUAUUGUUUUGGAAUUACUUGAGAAGUUUUUAUGUGUAGAAAAGUAAAUGUACGAACUGUAAUGACUUUGUUGAUGAUGUACUUCUGUUCAUUUAACACUCACCACUUGUUAUAUAGGAAUCGCCUUUUCCUGUCCCGCUGUCUGUCCUGGGACAUUGGGACACAGUUUACUUUUUUCCAUAACUCUAUGUAUCUAUGAGGUAUUGACUCCAAACUUCAUGCACAUUUGUUGUGUUGAGGAGAAGUGCUGUGCAAAAGAAACAUUAUUUUGUGUAUGGUAUUUUUAAGAGUUAUUUCCCUUUUUUCUACUUCUCUUUUUUCUGGGAGAAGUCUACUUUUCUCCAGAAUAGAACUCCAUAUGUUUUUGAGGUAUAGACUUCCAACUUCAUUCACAUACAAACUGUGUUGAGGGGAAGUGUUGUGGACAAGAAGCCUUACUUUGGGUGUUGCAUUUUUAGAGUUAUUGCCCUUUGAUUAUUGUUAUACUUAUAUUUUUACUUCUGUCCUUAACUCUUUAUGUUCUUCUUUAAGGUUUUGAUUUCAAACCUCAAACAUAUACUUUCUGUGUUGAGGAGAAGUGUAACAGUUGGUGUAGUUCGGUAAUAAUCACAUCCAGUGAUAGCUCGAGUUUAUUUUAGUUACCUUUCUAAUGAUACCAAACUUGUAUGGGGGUCACCAGUCAUUGAAAUGUAACAUUACAGGUAUCCGCUAUCAUAGAACUGACUGAUUUGUAGGUCAGAUAUCUUAACUUCCAAGAACAGACACAAACUUAUUUCAUCUUUUCUUGCCAAAAUAUUUGGACCUAACAUUAGUUGGGUUUAAUAUGUCAGACAGUGAAAAUGAACACUAUUUCGAUAUAGAAAAGGCGUUAGUUCAGACUUCCAGACUUGAGAAUCCGUUUAAUUAAGAACUAUUCAUUCUUCUUCAAAUAAUCAUUUUUUGACUUGCAUAGUAAUUGUUUAACAUUCCAAAAGAAGAGAACUUACUUAUCUCUGGGUAGAGGUAAACAACCCCUUCGCCCCAUGUAGUAUAGUCGGUCGGUGCAUGAAUACAGAAUACAUGUAUGUUCACUAUACAUGCUGACUUGCAUACUGACCAUGUUAUUGAUAGACAUUGUCUUCCUGCAUUAUUCUAUACAGGUAUCUGUGUUAUUGAUUGAUACAUGUAUUAUCAUGACUGUACAGAGAGUUGAUACUAAGGCUUAAGUUAUGAUGGUAAAGAUCUGCAGUUGUUAAAGGUGGCGCCACCAUAUGAUAUGUUAAUAUACAUGUGCAAACUUGAAUGUUGGUUUUCUAAAAAUAUGAAAUAAAAAGUUUAAAUAAA